AUGUGUGGGCUGGGGAACCUCCCCCGGCAAGGCCCACACCUGAGGCCCAAACAGGCGCAUGCGUGCUAUGCUUGUGUUCCCGGGGUGCGCACGCAGGCUGUGUACUGCGCGCACGCCCGCCACGAGACUCGCGCAAGCACAGUUGCCGUUGGAGCUCCCGUGGUCCUGCCAGGAUCGGCAGUGAGCCCGGUGGUGACCUUCACCCCAAACUGGAAGAAGAUCCUCAUAGGAGAGUCUAUAACAAUGACGUGUGAUGUUGGGUCUACUGGAGGAGGAGAUCUGACCUACACCUGGUACAAAGAUGGUAAAUGGGACCAUACAGGAAAAACCUUCACCAUUCUAUCUGCAGAAACUGCACAUAGCGGAUACUACAGCUGCGGGACCAGUACGGAAAGAAGUGACAACGCCAGACUGGAUGUUGUUGGUGGCACGCUGAUCCUGCGGGCUCCUCUCUAUGUACAUGAAGGAGAUGAUCUGACUCUGAGGUGUCACCAUCGUUCCGGCUACACUGCAAAAUAUACAACAUUCUACAAGGACGGUUCUGUCAUUCAAGGCUGGAAAGAAACAUCUGAAUUACAUGUAGAAAAUGUAAACAUGACGAACAGCGGGAGAUACAAAUGUAUAAAGGAAAUUUUUUUGCCUGAGCCUUAUAUGAAAUUUGUAACUUACAAUGAUGAAGAUGUUAUCAAUGUACAAAAGCUAUUUGCAGUUCCAGAGAUAAUAAUGACCCCAAUUCCAGUGGUAGAAGGAGAUCACAUGACCCUGACAUGUGACACGAGUCUCAGUCCGCUCAGACCGAGGACAGAACUGAAAUUUGCUUUCUAUAGAGAUGGACGGAAUGUUGGAGAAUUCUCUUCAUCUAACCGAUAUGGAGUUCAGUCCGCUCAGGUGAAGGACUCUGGGAAAUAUUCAUGUGAAGUGACAACCAACAGUGUACAGAAGAGGAGUCAGGAGAUAAAGAUCCAGAUAAAUGAACUUUCCAAUAGACCAACAAUCAUCGGAAUCCAAUAUCCGGAGGUAGAAGGUGAUCACAUGACCCUGACAUGUGACACGAGUCUCAGUCCGCUCAGACCGGGGACACAACUCCAAUUUGCUUUCUACAGAGAUGGACGGAAUGUUCAGGAAUUCGGUUCCUCCAAUCACUAUGGAGUCCAGUCCGCUCAGCUGGAGGAUUCUGGGAAUUAUUCCUGUGACGUGAGAACUUCGGAUGGCAAAGUGAGGAAAAGUAGUCACUUCCUCCCGAUUGUGAUAAAAGAGCUGUUUUCCACCCCGGUGCUGAAUGUAAGCACUAUUAAAGUCCUAGAAGGUGACGCCAUGACCCUGACAUGUGACACGAGUCUCAGUCCGCUCAGACCGGGGAUAGAACUCCAAUUUGCUUUCUACAGAGAUGGACGGAAAGUUCAGGAAUUCAAUUCCUCCAAUCAAUAUGGAGUCCGGUCCGCUCAGCUGGAGGAUUCUGGGAAUUAUUCCUGUGAUGUGAGAUCUUCAGCCAGGCUUGUGAAGAAGAGCGCGGUGGUCUUUAUUCAGAUACAAGAUCCAUUUGAAGUUCCAGAGAUAAUAAUGACCCCAAUUCCAGUGGUAGAAGGAGAUCACAUGACCCUGACAUGUGACACGAGUCUCAGUCCGCUCAGACCGAGGACAGAACUGAAAUUUGCUUUCUACAGAGAUGGACGGAAUGUUGGAGAAUUCUCUUCAUCUAACGGAUAUGGAGUUCAGUCCGCUCAGGUGAAGGACUCUGGGAAAUAUUCAUGUGAAGUGACAACCAACAGUGUACAGAAGAGGAGUCAGGAGAUAAAGAUCCAGAUAAAUGAGCUGUUUGUAAAACCAACAAUCAUCGGAAACCAAUAUCCGGAGGUAGAAGGAGAUCACAUGACCCUUACAUGUGACACGAGUCUCAGUCCGCUCAGACCGCGGACACAACUCCAAUUUACUUUCUACAGAGAUGGACGGAAUGUUCAGGAAUUCGGUCCCCCCAAUCAAUAUGGAGUCCAGUCCACUCAGCUGGAGGAUUCUUGGAAUUAUUCCUGUGAAGUGAGAUCUUCGGAUGGGAAAGUGAGGAAAAGUAGUCACUUCACCCCGAUUGUGAUAAAAGGGAAAAGUCGUACAGACAACACACCGAUCAUCAUGGCGGCUCUUCUGGUCUCACUCCUGGUUGCCGCUUUCCUGCUCUUCAUGUACAGACACAAGCCGCACCGGUGUCCACAUCAACGAAGAGGACGGCAACCGCAGAUUUCCCCAACACAUGCUGCCAGAGAAUCAGCCGACGCCGAAGUCACUUACAGCGAACUUACUCUGCAUCGCGUGCCGUAG